AUGACUUCUCCAACAAUUUCCUCACAUUCCUCACUCGCAGCAUCGUAUCAAUUUAUUUCCGAUCGCCACAUUCCUUCUCUCCUUUUUCAAAUGAAAACUCUUCCUCAUAAUCACAAGUAUCAUUCCAAUAUUAAUUUAUUGCAAUCGGCCAUGUCAUCUUCGUCUUUAUCAACAAUGAAUCGUGCGACAAGUACUACUACGGAAGAAUCACAUGAGCCACUUACUUGUCAUCACAUCAACUCCUCUUUGGAUUUCUAUCCCAAUCAAACCAAUCCCUUAAAAUUAUUAAAAACACAUCCAUCACUCAUUUAUCGAUUGCAUUUAGCUAAGGUGAUUGAUGAACCACAUUUGGGUCAUUCAGGUUGUGUCAAUUCCGUUGCAUGGAUACCCCCAGAAGAUUGUUUUCAUUGUGCCUCGUCGUUGGGAGCCAGUCAUUAUUUGGGCAAUGAGGACAUGAGUAAUAUGGAUUCUCUUCUCAUUUCAGGAAGUGAUGAUUGUUGUAUCAAAAUAUGGAACUCUCACUCCUCGGAAUGUAAAUGGACUAUUUCAACUCCACACACUGGAAAUAUAUUUUGUGUCAAAUGGUUUCCUCAUUGUAAUUUAGAUCGUAUCAUAUCAAGUGCCGCAGACUCAAAGAUUUGCAUUUACGAGCACGGUAGACAUACAAGAACUAUUAAGGAGCACAUGGGAAUGGUCCAUCGAGUAUGUAUUGAGAAUUCAUCUCCUCACGUCUUUAUAAGCAUUUCUCAAGAUGGUUAUGUGAAAUUGUUUGAUUUGAGACAACCAACUCAUGAACAUGUGAAUUUGUUACAUUUACAAACAGGUGGUGGUAGUAGUACUACUGGUACUAAUUCUCGCCUUGUAAGGUUCAGCAGUUCCUCAGCAGCAUCCAUUGACAUUAAUAGUAUUGACAUGAAUCCAAGAAAUAGCAAUGAAAUCAUUUUGGGAUGUGAUGAUCCUUUCGUGAGAUUAUUCGAUCGUAGAAAAAUCAUGACUUCGAGUAGCAGUGAUACCACUACCAUCAGCAGCAACAGAGAUCAAGUGAUUGAAGCAUCCACUGUACAAAAAUACUGUCCUGCUGGAUUGUUGCCAAGUAAUGACUCUUCUCAACGACCACACAGUCGAAUACCUCUGCACGUCACUGGUGUUCGAUUUAACAAGUACGGUGAUGAAAUUGUUGCCACCUAUAGUGGUGAUCAUAUUUAUUUAUUUGACAAGUGUGCCCAUACUCGUAGCACAGCAGAGAAUAGUCCAGUCAUUGCUGCUGAUGCUAAAAUGUCUUAUAUAGGUCACUGUAACAUUCGAACAGUCAAAGAAGUGAAUUUCUUUGGUGAAUGCUCCGAGUAUAUUCUUUCUGGUAGUGAUUGUGGACAUGUGUUUGUGUGGGAUAAACACACGGGAUGUAUUAUUAAUGUCAUUAAGGGAGAUUCUCAUGUUGUGAAUUGUUUAGCACCUCAUCCAAUCUAUCCAGGAGUAUUGGCAACGAGUGGUAUUGAACACAAUAUUAAACUCUUUGAGAUGGGAGUGUUGGACUAUAUGGACGAUAACCCAGAAACGAGUUGCUAUGAGAAGAAUAUUGCAUUUAGAGAUGCCAACAAGAUGAGUUCCAUGUGGACCGAUGAGGAGCAUGAAGAGGAGCCUCACGCUGUGAGCACGAGUAGUACUAGUAGCAGCAGUAGUACUAGCACUAGUUCUAAGCAUGAUCGUGUGUCUCGUCUGAUCAGUGAAAAUGAACGAAAAACAAGAGAGGGUCAUUCGAGUUUGAUUUUACCUGCGAGUAUGGUCUUUAAUUUGAUGCAAUUGUUGGCUUCACAAUCUGAUGAAGAGGACGAGGAAGAGAAUACUGGAAGAACAUCCACAACGAAUACAACAAAUGCGGGUCAACAGCAGCAACAAAGGAGAAGAAGAAGAGCACAAGAAAUCUUUCAAUUAUUGGAAGAGCUUGGAGGACAUGAUUCUAGCGGUGAGGAAGAGAAUGAGAAUCAGGAAGAAGAAGAAGAAUCUCGUACCACAACUCGCAGUUGCAGAACCAUGUAA